UUGUAUGUGUAGUAAGUCUCAUAACAGCUUUAUAGCACUGCACAAAAACGGGACCUGCCCUCUUUUUCUUUCUCUUCCUUCACACUCGCGCUCGCUAUUUCUCUGCCCUGCUUGUUCGUUAUAAAUACACCACACCACACGCGACUGCUUCAGAGUCCUCACGCUCACGCAUAUUCCUCAUCUCAAGAUCUCAAAAUCAUCAUCUCUCAUGGACCAUCGCAAAGAGAAAACUGCUCCUUGGCUGUCAGUGCCACAGUUUGGAGACUGGGAUCAGAAGGGCCAAGUCCCGGAUUACUCACUUGAUUUCUCAAAAAUCCGUGAGACUAGGAAGCAGAACAAGACCAACAUUUCCAGGGCAAGUCUUGGUAAUGAAGAAGAGUUCAUGAGUACAAACUCCAACAGCAUAAACACUGGCCACAGCAGUGAGCCUGACCAACCCCGCUACCAUCAAACCACCUCUCCAACUGUUAGGAAGAGCUUCCUCAGCUACUUCAACUGUUGUGUGAAAGCUUAAUGCUUAUGGGGAUGUACAGCCUUUCUAUUAUUUUCUGAAGAUUUUGGAUAGUGACAGUUUUGCAUCUGCUCUGACUGCUCAUUUGGUUUUAAUUACUGAGCCUCUUGAUUUAAUAAUUAAACCUUUCAUUUUCAGCUUUA